AGAGCCGCCGCGCCCAUGUCGACGCUGCUGGCCAGCCAGCCUCAGUACGCGUGGCUGAAAGAGCUGGGGCUGAAGGAAGAAAACGAGGGUGUUUUCAAUGGCGCCUGGGGGGGGAGAGGAGAGGUUGUGACAACAUAUUGCCCUGCUAACAAUGAGCCAAUAGCCAGAGUUCGUCAGGCCAGCUUGGAAGACUAUGAAGAAACAGUAAAUAAAGCUAAAGAGGCUUGGAAAGUAUGGGCAGAGGUUCCUGCACCUAAACGAGGAGAAGUUGUGAGACAGGUUGGUGAUGCGUUACGGCAGAAAAUCAAAGUCCUGGGAAACUUGGUUUCUUUAGAGAUGGGGAAAAUCCUUGUUGAAGGUGUUGGUGAAGUCCAGGAGUAUGUGGAUGUCUGUGAUUACGCUGUUGGUUUAUCCCGAAUGAUUGGAGGACCAGUCUUGCCUUCAGAAAGACCCGGGCAUGCCUUAAUAGAGCAAUGGAAUCCUGUGGGAUUGGUAGGAAUCAUCACUGCCUUUAACUUUCCCGUAGCAGUUUAUGGCUGGAACAAUGCAAUUGCAAUGGUCUGUGGCAAUGUCUGUCUCUGGAAAGGUGCUCCUACAACAUCCCUUGUGAGUGUAGCUGUUACAAAAAUAAUUGCCCAGGUUUUGGAGGCUAACAAAUUGCCUGGUGCGAUCUGUUCUCUUACAUGUGGUGGAGCUGAUAUUGGCAAAGCAAUGGCGAGAGAUGUAAGAGUUGAUCUGCUCUCCUUCACUGGUAGCACGAAUGUGGGCAAGCAGGUAGCAAUGAUGGUACAGGAGAGAUUUGGACGGAGUUUGUUGGAGCUCGGUGGAAACAAUGCUAUUAUUGCAUUUGAAGACGCAGACCUUAACCUGGUCAUUCCGUCAGCUCUCUUUGCGGCUGUGGGGACAGCAGGCCAGAGGUGCACAACAGCCAGGAGGUUGCUUUUACAUGAAAGCAUCCAUGAUGAAGUAGUGGAAAAACUCACCAAGGCAUACGCACAAGUCCGCAUUGGAGAUCCUUGGGAUGCUAACACCCUGUACGGUCCCCUCCAUACAAAGCAAGCGGUGAAGAUGUUCCUGGAUGCAGUGGAGCUGGCCAAGCAGCAAGGAGGCUCUGUGGCCUGUGGUGGAAAGGUUAUAGAGCGUCCUGGAAACUAUGUUGAACCAACCAUUGUGACUAGUCUUCCACAUAAUGCAUCUAUCGUGCAGACAGAAACAUUUGCCCCAAUUCUCUAUGUGCUAAAAUUCAAGGCAGAAGAGGAAGCCUUUGCUUGGAACAAUGAAGUAAAACAAGGGCUCUCCAGCAGCAUCUUUACGAAGGAUUUGGGCAGGAUAUUCCGAUGGCUUGGGCCUAAGGGGUCAGACUGUGGCAUCGUAAAUGUCAACAUUCCAACUAGUGGGGCUGAAAUUGGAGGAGCUUUUGGUGGUGAAAAGCACACUGGUGGUGGAAGGGAAUCUGGCAGUGACUCCUGGAAACAAUAUAUGAGACGAUCGACUUGUACAAUCAAUUACAGCAAAGAUUUGCCUCUGGCUCAAGGGAUCAAGUUUCAAUAAUGCCUCUCUGGAUGUGCCACCUUGGCAGAACUUGGCAUUUAAGAGCCCAGAAUCUGUUGGUUUGAGUCUGCUGAGACGGCAACACG